AUGAGGCCAGGGCUGCUGUUCCUGUUCUUGAUCCUGGUGCUGGUAGGCACAUCCCGGACGCAGGAGCAUGUACCCAAGGAGUCUCACAACAUCAACUGGAGCAAGUUUUCAGGGUUCUGGUACAUUCUGGCCAUCGCCACUGAUGCCAAGGGCUUCCUGCCGGGCAAAGACAAGAGGAAGCUGGGAGCAUCCAUGGUGCGGAUCCCCAAGGCCGGCCAGCUAAAGGUGGUCAUUGCCUUCAGCCGGUCACAGGGCUGCCAGUCCCACACGGUCACUCUGAGGAAGGACAACAAGAAAGCCGUGUUCAGGAAUGCCUUGAGAGGGGUCAAGGGCUUCCGAGUGCUGUCCACUGACUACAGCUCGGCCGUGGUCUACGUGCGGCUGGGCCGGGCCGGCCGCGAGUACAAAAACCUUCUGCUUUUCAGCCGGCAGAUCACUUCCAGUUUCCUGAGCAUCAGAGACUUCGUGGACGCAGCCGAGGGCCUGGCUCUCCUGGAACACGCAGCCAUCCUUCCCAAAGACGCUUCCUGCGCAAACACCGUUCUACCAUGA